CCUCGUCCCAGUCCCCCUCGCUGCCCGCCGGGCUCGCCCCCACCGCCGCCCCGCUCAGAGGCAGCAGCAGCAGCGGCGGCAUCGCCAGCAGCGCCAUGCAGGCCAACGGGGCGGGAGGGGGCCAGCAGCAGCAGCAGCCGCCGCCGCAGGGCCCGGAGCUGGGCUGCCUGGGCGCCCAGAACGGCGAGGCCUCGGCGGGCACGGCCGCCGGCGACCAGCUGGCCCACGCCAACGGGCUGCUGCCCUCGGCCAACAGCGGCGGCCCCGGCGGCGGCAGCCCCGGCGGGCUCGGCGUCAACAACGGGGUGCCCGCCGCCGGGGGGCCCGGCCCGGCCGCCGCCGAGCUGGGGGGGAGCGGCGGCGGCGGCAGCGCCCUGAAGAAGAAGAAGCGGCUCUCGCAGUCCGACGAGGACGUGAUCCGGCUGAUCGGGCAGCACCUGCACGGGCUGGGGCUCAACCAGACUGUUGAUCUCCUCAUGCAAGAGUCAGGAUGUCGUUUAGAACAUCCUUCUGCUACCAAAUUCCGCAAUCAUGUCAUGGAAGGAGAAUGGGAUAAGGCUGAGAACGACCUGAAUGAACUUAAGGCCUUAGUGCAUUCUCCGCAUGCAAUUGUGAGGAUGAAGUUUUUGCUGCUGCAGCAGAAGUACCUGGAAUACCUGGAGGAUGGCAAGGUCCUGGAGGCACUUCAGGUUCUACGCUGUGAACUGACGCCUCUGAAAUAUAAUACAGAACGCAUUCAUGUCCUCAGUGGGUACCUGAUGUGUAGCCAUGCAGAUGACUUGCGUGCAAAAGCAGAGUGGGAAGGGAAAGGAACAGCUUCCAGAUCUAAACUUUUGGACAAACUCCAGACCUACCUACCCCCAUCAGUGAUGCUUCCUCCAAGGCGUUUACAGAACCUGCUCCGUCAGGCUGUGGAACUACAACGGGACCGGUGCCUAUAUCAUAAUACGAAACUAGAUAGUAAUCUAGAUUCUGUCUCGCUGCUAAUAGAUCACGUUUGUAGUAGGAAACAGUUCCCAUGCUAUACACAGCAGAUACUAACGGAGCACUGUAAUGAAGUGUGGUUCUGUAAAUUCUCCAACGAUGGCACUAAAUUAGCAACAGGAUCUAAGGACACAACUGUUAUUAUAUGGCAGGUUGAUCCAGAUACUCACCAGCUAAAACUACCUAAGACAUUAGAAGGUCACGCGUAUGGGGUCUCUUACAUUGCUUGGAGUCCAGAUGACAACUACCUUGUUGCCUGUGGCCCAGAUGAUUGUUCUGAGCUUUGGCUCUGGAAUGUAGAAACUGGGGAGCUGAAGACAAAGAUGAGCCAGUCUCAUGAAGACAGUUUAACAAGCGUGGCCUGGAAUCCUGAUGGGAAGCGUUUUGUAACGGGAGGUCAGCGUGGACAGUUCUAUCAGUGUGAUUUAGAUGGUAAUCUCCUUGACUCCUGGGAAGGGGUGAGAGUACAAUGCCUUUGGUGCUUGAGUGAUGGGAAAACUGUUCUAGCAUCGGACACACACCAGCGAAUUCGGGGUUAUAACUUUGAGGAUCUCACAGACAGGAACAUAGUACAAGAAGAUCACCCUAUUAUGUCGUUUACUAUUUCAAAAAAUGGCCGUUUAGCUUUGUUAAAUGUAGCAACUCAGGGAGUUCACUUGUGGGACUUACAAGACAGAGUUUUAGUGAGAAAGUAUCAAGGUGUUACACAAGGAUUCUACACAAUUCACUCGUGUUUCGGAGGUCAUAAUGAAGAUUUCAUCGCGAGUGGUAGUGAAGAUCACAAAGUAUAUAUCUGGCACAAGCGCAGUGAGCUGCCGAUUGCGGAGCUGACAGGGCACACACGUACAGUCAAUUGUGUGAGCUGGAACCCGCAGAUUCCAUCCAUGAUGGCCAGCGCCUCCGACGAUGGCACUGUUAGAAUAUGGGGACCAGCGCCUUUCGUAGACAACCAGGAUAUUGAAGAGGAAUGCAGUAGCAUGGAUAGUUGAUGGCGAAUUUGGAGCAGACGACUUCAGUUUAACUUAAUUAGUCGUAUUUUAAAUGGCUUGGGAUUUGGUGCAAACAAACAUGAUUGAUAGCUGGACAGACAUGCUCGUCAUGAAAAAGAACCAUUUCUGAAGCCCGGUUGGGGCCAAACAUUUACCACCUUGCUUCAUAGUAACCAGUCGAGAUGAAGCACGUCCUUAGAACUUUGUUGGACACCGUGUUGAAAUUACCCCCCCAUCGGUUGUGAAGAACUGUGCUACAUUCAGGCUAACCAUUGAACUCAGUAUAUAUAUUUUUCCCUCCUGCCUUUUUGUCUGGCAGGCUACUGUUCUUGUUGCUCUUCUGUGUAAUGAAGUUUAAAUGCUUGUUUGGAACACUUUAUUUAACAGUUUAGAAGGCUUGAUAGAAAGAGUGCUUUAGUCUGAAGAGUAUACAUUGGAUAGGAAAGUAUUUCCUUCUCUUGUUUCUCAAGUCUCUCUCCGCCUUACUUAGCUUGAGAUCUUUGCAGCUUGGUUCAUGGAUUCUAGCCUUGCCCGUUGCGCAGUAUAUAUAUAUAAAUUGAGAUGAUAAACCAAUGAACAAUGUCAAAAGCACUCUCAGUAUCACAUUUGACAAAAAGUUUUGUACUUUUCACAUAGCUCGUUGCCCUGUAAAGGGGUUAACAGCACAAUUUUUUAAAAAUAAAUUAUUUAUAGGAUUAAAAUGACUUCAUUUGUAUACAUUUGGAAUUAAAACAAUGCAAGAAGUGUCAUGAAACACGGUAUCACUGAUGCUUUUCUGGAGUGUCUUGAGACCCAAUCAGAAGCAGUGGCUGGAAGGAGCUUUGUGUAGGCAGUGAAGCUUGUUUUAGAAGGAGGAACUCGCUGUCCAUCUUAACAGAUAAAUUGUAUUAUUUAGGAAAAAAAAAGGAUGUUCAGACUGCACCACCAGACUAAGUUUAAACAAGGAAAGGUCUUUUUGGUUUUUUUUUUAAAUUACAUAAAUAUAUGCAACAAUGCUGUUGUAAAAGGUAGACUACACUUCAAGGGAGGAGUGUGUUGAAAGGUCCUUUCUUCACAAAGUCAACAUUUUGUAUAAGUAAUUAACAUACAAAUCAUAAUUAAACACUUGUAUUACAAUGAAAAUUUUUCUUUAUUUGAUAAACAAAGGUGUAUAGAUUUCUGUGUUGAGAAUAUACUUUUAAGUUUAUGGAUUUAAAUGCCUCUCCCAGACCUUGUUGCAAGCUGGUGCUGUAAACAACUUGACACAUCUAGGAAUAGUUCCACUAAUAUCCCACGUUAAGGAAAAAACAGAGACAUUUAUAAUUUAAAUAUUUAUUCUUUUUGGUGUAAACAGAUGGCCUGACAUCUCUGUGCUUCUGUACUACACACAAAUUCAUUAUGGGAUGGCACUGGAUUCCCUUUUGCCACCGUGGGUGGAAAGGUAGUGUUGGUACUGCUGCAAAGUAAAGAGGGAGCAGGGAAGGGCAUGCCAUGCAGUCGUGUGAACAGAGGUGUGGACUUCAUCCCUUAAUGAGAUAAUAAUCUAGUGUUCUUAUUAGUCAUGUGUGGAAGAAGGAUGGGGGAAGGUUUGCCGGAAUUCCUGGGAAAAGUGUAGCUACUUUGAUGAAUGGGAAUGUGGUAUUUCCCAGAAAACCAAAGUGAAGGUUAGAUUUAUUUUUUUUUUUUCUUUUUAGAUUCCAGCCAGGUGGUUGGUGUUUUUCUUGCCUUGUGUGCAAACUUAAGUGUGAGUUAAGAUUCUGAUACUAUGGUUGAGACCAGCCCCGAAUCUGACCUUAGUCUUUCAGUACCUCCAAAACCAGGUAGGAACUUAAUGUUCUUACCUGCAGUUUACAGUACAUCAGCCUUAAAGUUAAGGUGAAUGCUUUGAUAGCAAUUACUGUUCCACAGUACUGGGAAUACAUAUGUGAACUUGACACUAUAAAUCAUUUCCUCCUUCCAUGAAUUAGUUCUGGAGGAAGCUCUUUGUUUCUCUUCCUAGUUCAGACAGUGUAGGAUUAGUCAGGCUUGUUCCUAUGGUGUUGAUGUUGCAGGGAAACAGACAAGUUCCGAAGAUCAAAUUUGAGUAAGCUAAACCUUUGGGUUUUAAAGAAAAAUUAACUACCUAAAUUGUAAACGGUGUUUUACAUGCUCAAAACACGGUGUAAUUCACAAGCAAUGCCAGUAUGUGAAGCUUUGGAAGUUAUUCUAGUAUUGUCUUACUCUGGAACUUGUGUUUUCAUACCAAACAUUGUUUAGGGAGAUUAAGGAGAGCAAUGGUUUUGAUGUCUUUUAAUAAUGUCUCAUACAAUGGUCUGGCACUACUUGCUUACCUCAUGGGAAUGAAGUGGGAACUCUAGGGAGGUGGUGAAGGCUGGAUCAAAUCUCAAAUGGAGAUUUAAAUUCUCGUAUGCACUUCAACAGGCAUUUUUAAUGUGGUGGCCAUAACUAAUCAGAGCGAGACUCCUUACUUGGCACAAGCUGUGUGUGGGGGUUUGUGUGUGCUGGUGCCUGGUUUCCACUGCAAUGCAGUUAGAAAUUUAAACCUAGUGCUUCUGCCCAAAUACUGCCUGUCUCUUCAGUACUUGCUUUGUAUCCAUAAAGGACACUUCAGGUGUUACGAAGCAGAGUUAGGGUGAGGCACGUGUUCCGAACUCUCUCCUUUAGUGUCGUGGUGCAGCCAUGCCAUGUAAAGGAAAGCUCCAAGCAGAUGGCACUGCUUCCAGAGUGUCUCAGUCACAGGUGUUGCAUCGCUGUCAGCGCCUCACGGGUGAUGAGCAGAGAGCAGAGAAAGGUGAGACUCGUCUGCAUUUUGCCACACUACUUGGUCCCACAGCAAACUGCCGUUAUAGGUGUAGCAGCAAUGACUACCAUUCCAACCUGGAGAUGAAAGAGGAACCUAAACCAUUUCAAACACAUCACAUAUUCACAAUAUGUGAAUUGAAAAGUACCAAUACUUUUUGUGCACAGACUGUAAAAUGAGACUGGGGUGGGGUGGGGGGAAAAAACCCAAAUAAAUUUGCUCGUUUGCAGCGUGUUGAUUUCCAUGUGCUUAAAAAUGUUCAUAGGCUGGAGUCUAAGGCUGGAACAGGUACACACCCACAAUAAAUUACUGUAUUUCUAGUCAACAGACCGAUGGUUUUAGAGAGGAAAAUACUGUAAACAUGCACUCAUUUUGUAACUUUCUCUGAUCACCUGUUGGCUUAAAAUAUUCACAGUAGCCCCAGGUUACUAUCAAGGCAGAUCUUGGGAAAAAAAAAAAAGAAGUGCUGAAGCAUUUUAUUAUCUGAAUGUUCUUUAGCUGUUCAGGUAAGUAAUUUUCAAGGGCACAAUGGAGCACAAAAGGGAAAAUGGUAGCUGUGUUCUUGUUUUGGAGGGGAGGGUAGUGGGGGAAAUGACACCUUUGUUUCUAAAUUCCCUCUGUCUUUUCUAAAGUUCUCCAACUUUAAAGUUAACUUCUCUUUAUGAUUGGAGCAAAGAUGCAAGCUAGAAAUCUACCCAGAUCUUGCCAGUUACUUCUCAACUUGGCUUCAAACAGGUAAUGUUUAAUAAAACUCCGUAUGCUGUUGGGAGUUUGUGUCCAGUUGUGUAACUUCUACACUGCUAAGUGAUACUCCUGCCCAAAGUCAGUUUUAAAGGCUUCCUUAGCAGGAAACGGGGACUCGAACAAUUAUAGCUGUAGCUUGAGGGGGAUAUGUUGUAGACCCAAAUGGGGAGGGAGGUAGAGAGAGAAGAAUGGACAUAAAAAGCAGAAUUUACUGAGCAACAGACAAACUACUGUAACUCAAGGGGGAGGAGGAAAAAUGCACUUUCAAUAGUUUGUCCAUAUUUUUAGCUACAAAGUACACUUGUAUCUGAUUUUUUUUUUUUUGAGAUGACUCUUAAGAGGAACACCCAUCUCAUAAAUGGCUAAUCCUCCUUUUGACCUCCUCCUGUCUUUUCCACAUUGGCUUGAGUCCAUUUUCAGCUGCCAUACUUAAUUUUGAAAACUGCUACUUUUAACAAUGUUUAGAAAGAAAAAUCAUUAACUAUGACACUUUUUUUAAACAGGGUGGACUUAAUUGAAGUGUGCAGUGUUGAACUACUGCUGCAGUAGCUGCCUCUAGUUGUUGAAAUAAACUGUAGACAAGUUUUCUGUCAAUUAAUCCAGAUAAUCUGGAUUCAGUAAAACAUCUGUGAGAGUGUUCCUCCCAUCUGGUAUGAAUGUGUGUGUGCAUGUGUUCCAUGAACAGACAGAGAACCAAAUGUUCUAGGUACUUGUCAUGUUUUAUUGCAUACUUUAAGUCGUGUGUAUGUGAAGUGUCCUUUGACCAGAAGGUUUUGGUUAAUAUCAGUAUAUUUUUAUAAAUUUGAAAUUCAUUGUGCCCCAUCUUUUUUCUUAAACAUUUUUCAUUCUUAGGGUAUAUGUGCUAGAUUUGAAACUUAACAUUUUUAGGCACAGAUGGAAAAAGUUAUUGGCUCCUUGAAAACAUAUGGGACAAAAUGGAUCCUCAAAGCAUGUAUGUACUUACAAACCAAGCUGUAGAGAUCAAGAAAAGAACUUUAUUGUUGAUCUCAAGAUUUCUAAAUUGUCAAGAUUUAUAUGGAGUUGUGGUGGAACUAGUUAACACUUAGAGCUUUUGGUAUGUAAUGACUAUUUGCUAUGGACUGAUAUUAAAUGUUUCAAAGGAUUGCGUUCUUAAACUUUCUGGAUUUUUGUUACUCUCCUCGGAUAUUAUUAAGUAGUUAAAAUUUCUUUGCUAUAUUACAUUAAAAACAUAAGAACUUUGGGUCUCGUA